GGAUGAAUGGAUGGUUUUGAUCAUCUUUAUCAAUUUGAUUAUAAUAUGGUAACUGGGACCCUUAUCAUCUGCUUGGAGCUAACCUCCUUCCUGGCUGCUGCUACAAACUUCUAACCCACCCCCUUCUUCUGAGUACAACUAGUAACUAACUGUGGACUCAUAAAUCUAGACUCUGACUAUUUAAAAACGUUAAUUUUAUCCCAAAGUCGCAGCAGCCGACGCAGAGUUGGUGAUGCCGGUUACUGCCAAACAUAGAGUUUCCUCUCUAUACGUCAACUGAUAAAAUGUGUCUGAGAAGCAAAGUUCUUACCGUUGGUGUACCCAUCUUUGGAAAGUUUCAAAUUUACCCUUACCACGUAACAUUUUCUUUCAUAUAAGAUUAGAGAUCCUCAAAGUAUAAGAUUUAGAGACAAUUAGUGUUAAUACAGAAGCAAAGAUGCGGGUUUUAAAUUUUAAAUCUUCCUUGUUUGAUAAAAGUAUCAAAUUUUCUAUUCUAAUUUGAUGGUUGGCGCGUCUCUUUCGGGUUGCAAAAGGGUUGUGUUCAGAGAGGUUCCAGAUAUUGUCUUGUUGAUGGCUUGCUAUCAUCUGUGAUUGAGUAGAAUUGGUAGUUCUAAGGAUGCUGCGACUGAAUUGAGUCUACUCUUUUGGGUAUUGCUCUGUCUUGUCCAUCCACCAACUGUUACUUGAGUCACAGUUUUCUGCGUUUGAGGGUUUUGUAUCAGUGAUACUUGAAGAAGAGAUAUUUUUGCUUAUGAAGGUUCACCUUUGGGUUGAAGGAAUGAAGCUCCAGAUUGAAGUUGCCCUUGCUUGCUUCAUUAUCCUACACUGGUUUCAGUACAUUUCUUGUGAUGAACUUCCUGAUGGGUCAGGCAUUAACAAAUGGACCUGUUCAUGUACUUCUGCUCAACAAGGAAAUCAGAGCUAUGCUAUUGCAUCCAACUGUUCUACAUCCUGUGAUUGCAAAGAAGCUGGUGGAGAUAGAUGGGCAUGUCUUUGUGCUGCUGAGAGAUUCUCGAAAACAGCUGGUCUCCAUGAUUCCAGUUGUUUCACAGCCUGCAACUGCACAUCUGGUUUUCCUAUUCAACCAAAACAUUCAUCAAAGCACAUUUUCGGCAAUGUCGCUGUGUACAGUCUACUAAUUUGUGUCUCACUCACAACUGUUGCAUUUCUUGCUUCAUUGGCUUGCUAUAUACACAGGAAGGGAAAAUAUACUCUCCAACUUCCACUAUUUUCAUCAGAUAAAGACAAAAGCUGCAAUACCGCUACCAACCUAAUAAGUUAUAGGUCUAAUUCCAUGCCAGAAUUCAAAGUUGAUGUGAAUUUCCCUUUGAGUCCUUUCACAGGAUGCAUACGGGAGGCUUCUUUCAGUGGAAACAAAAGAGGAACAGUACCUGGAACAAUUAUUGAGUUUACGUACUCAGAAUUGGAACAAGCAACCAACAAGUUCUCCAGUGUCAAUCUGAUAGGACUUGGGGGGAGCAGCCAUGUCUAUUGUGGCCAGCUUAAAGAUGGUACUACUGUUGCUGUUAAGCGGCUAAAAACUCAUGGGGGGCCUGAUGCAGAUUCUGUGUUAUUAACUGAGAUUGAGCUGAUAUCAAGACUUAAUCAUUGUCAUGUGGUGCCUUUGCUUGGAUACUGCUCGGAAUCUCAAGGAACACAUGCUGAGAGGCUACUAGUCUUUGAAUACAUGUCCAAUGGAAACCUUAGAGAUUGUCUGGAUGGGGUUCAAGGAAAAGGACCCUUGGACUGGGGGACUCGUGUUAGUAUUGCUUUAGGGGCUGCGAGGGGUUUGGAAUAUCUUCAUGAAGCUGCUGCUCCGAGAAUUUUGCAUAGAGAUGUCAAAUCCACCAAUAUUCUUUUGGAUGAGAAGUUUAGAGCUAAAAUAACUGAUCUUGGAAUGGCAAAACGCUUGAGGAAUGAUGACCUUCCUAGCUGUUCAAAUUCUCCUGCAAGAAUGCAAGGCACUUUUGGAUAUUUUGCACCGGAGUAUGCAGUCUUUGGAAAGGGUUGUUUUAAGUCGGAUGUUUUCAGUUUUGGAGUGGUUCUUCUUGAGUUGAUCAGUGGUCGGCAGCCCAUUCAUAAAGGAUCCAAUAAAGGAGAUGAAAGCCUUGUUAUAUGGGCUACCCCUCGUCUACAGGAUAGUGAACGAGUGAUUUUCGAAUUGCCUGACCCGCUUUUGAGAGGGAACUUUCCCAAAGAAGAGAUGCACAUAAUGGCUUAUUUAGCAAAGGAGUGCUUGCUUUUGGAUCCUGAUUCUCGACCAACCAUGAGUGAGGUUGUCCAAAUCCUUUCCACAAUUGCACCUGAGUCAUCUAGCAGGCGAAAUUUUCAUCUAAAUCUUUUUCAGAGCUUAUCCAGGCAAAGCACAAAAAGUGCAGUAGACAUGGAGAUACCUGAGGAUCAGGAUAAUGGGCCCAUUGAUGCAGAGAACCUACGAAGAAUUGCAUCUGCUAGGUGGUCUGCCUGGUGUUCAUUAUCACAGAAUUUAGACCGUACCCUAUCUGUUGAGGAUGGCAGGAAAGAGGUGGAGACAACAAUGUCGAAUGCUAGAAGUUCGCAUGCCCAAGAUGACGAAAGAGUGGACUUAACUGAGCCCCGAUUCGAAUCAUUUCAUAUGGCAAGCGUUCAAUCCCCCUGAUAAUUUAACCCUUAUUGAGGAGAAGAAAAUUGCUAAAUAUGUCCUAGUGUAUUUGGGAGCAUCCAACCAAGAGUUCUUGGAGGUUUUAUGAUGCUUUUGGCUGUAACUUGAGUCUGAAAGAAAACACUCAAACAGAGAAGUGAAUCCAUACAAGGGUUCUCAUGUUCAAACAGGCUCGCAGUGGCCAGUCCAAUGACUCUUCGAAAAGUUGUGUAUUAGUUGUAUUAUUUGUUCAUAUUUUGGCAUUUUAUCUUGUUCUUAUACACUGAUGUACAGAUAAAAUUGAAAGAAAAGAAUUGUAGAUUCAUUGGCGUCA